AGAGGAUCGUGUGCCACAAGAGGCAGAACGUGGUCGUGAGCAUCAAGAGCCUGGCGGUUCCUGUCGAGACGGCGCUGUUCCAGGCCCGCGUGGCGGAGGGCGACUCGACGAAGCUCUCGGGUGCGGGCAUCCACCUGGAGAUGCUCGGCGGCGAGGACGAGUUCGCCUUCCUGUCGACGGAUGACGUCUGGGCCAGCCGGGGGGCGCGCCAGCCCGAGAUGGAGAUCAGGAAGGUGUCUGGGGAGAAGUAUGCGACCAUCAGGAAGACCGACAACACGACUUACAUCAUGGCGCGGGGGGCAGAUACGCUGAUGGUCUUCAGCGGCCGCUUCUCGAGGCACGAGCUGCAAGUGUGCUGCGCCGCGGGCCAGAUGGUGGCCACGGUGACCCCGAGCAGCUCUAAGGCCAUGUACGAGGUGGUUGUUUACACCAACGCAGACGCAGGGCUGAUCAUUCUCGGCUUGCUCGCGAUCGACAAGGUGGAGGUCGCGCCCACGUAGGAAACUUCUACGUGCGAAUUAGCUAUCCUUCUGGUCGGGCCCCGCCAUAGAGCCGAAGCAGCCAAGCGAAGGCGAAGGCAAAUGCUGCCAGGAUGCUGGAUGCCCAUGGCGCGGCUGGCCUGGGCGAGAACUGGAUACACUCUCGGGCGCUGGGCCGCUCUAUGGCCGGGCAGACCAGGCGUCCGCAUGUGCAUCUGGAGCGUGGCCUCCGGAUGGUCCACGCGUGACUCCAGCCACGCGUGUGCUCUGGCCUCCUGGUGGGCAAAGGCAUGGGCCAGGUGUGCGUGCCGUUUGUCCGCUCGCCUCCCUGCGAGCUGCUCGGUGCCCACGGGUUGAACAAGGCACGAGACUGGUGUCACCCGCGCUCGUCUAUGGUCCGGGGUGCCGACCGAGAAUUCGCCUGAGCACUUCCAGGAGCGUGGCGAGUCCUGGGCGGGCGUGUGCCCGGCGCAGCGAUUGGGCGUGUUCUGAGCCCAUACCCUCAACCUGCGCGAGGGCAGGCCCCCGUGGCAGCAACCGUGCGCCGUACAGAAAAUCGCGCCAGGCAUUCGGGCCGUUCCCCCUCGUUGCCCACUUCCUCUCGGGGGAAGGCCUUUGUGGGCUUCUUGGCUUCUAUGCCUCUAGGCUUCCUUCCCUCUCACAACCUGGGCGCCUCUAAGGUGCAGCGGGUGGUAUCUCACAGCCUUUCGCUGCAGUGCGGCAGGCGGGGUCUUACGGCCGUGCGCUGCGUUGCAGCAGGUGGUUCUCACGGCCGUGCGCUGCGUAGCAGCAGGCGGUUCCUCCUUUUCUCCUGCCGGUUGGUUGGUUGAUUGGCGUGCCCUGGGCCACGCGCUCCGCUGCGCCGUUCCUGGGAUGCUGGAGCGGCGGCGGCGUCGCAGGGAAGGCUGCGCGGGUCCAGCGCCCAUCGCCGUUCCCAGGCCGUGCGCUGCAGGGCGAGGUCCACGCUCGAAUCGGGCUCGCAACCCACCCAUUCCCACCCCUGUGGCUGCGCAUUUGUUGGGCGGCGCCUUGGCCAGGUUGGGCCCUGGUGGAUUUCCAGUCUGGCCCAACCUGGCGGCGCCAAAUAUUUCAGCUCGCCCAUUGUCGGCGCGAAGGCGUCGCCCAACUUCACGGUCGCAUGACCGAAC